UUUAUUUUUCAUGGACCCCCUCCUGUAAAUACCAUAACUUCGCUUUCAAGUCCAAUCUCCCACUUCAGAUUUUCUUACAAAGAAUCAUCGACUCAUUUUGCAUAAAGCCAAAGAUACCCUCCUCUUGUUCUUCUUCUGCUUCUACUUUACUACCACUCGCUCUCUCUCUCUCCCCUUCCCCCGGUCCAUGUUCACACUGAUACAGAUAUUUUUUUGAAGCUCUGUGACAAAAAAGGGUCUUCUUUUUAGAAUAGAAGACAUGGGUUCUUGUGUUUCUGUCCAUAAGAACCCGGAUUCAGCCUUGAAAUUCCGUUUAUCCAUUGGUUCCAAAACCGGCAAGAUGGUGAUUCCGUCGGCCAUUGAGGAAAACCCCGUAAACGGUGAACACCCGACAACUGAAUUGGGUUUCAAGUCUCAGUUGUCAUCUCAGCCACCCACUGUAACUACAUUUCGGGACUUUGGUAGUAAAGAGGAAACAUUUUUUGAUUCCCAGCCCUGGUUAGAAUCAGAUUGUGAAGAUGAUUUCUUCAGUGUCAAUGGUGAUUUUACCCCCUCUCGUGGCAGUACUCCAAUACAUCAGAGCAGCUUCAUAGGAACCCCUCGACUAAAUAAAUUUCUUUUUGUGGAUGGGGCUGUUGAUUCUAAACCUGAACCCUCUCCAACCGAUAAGAAAAAGAAAUUAGCUGAGCUCUUCAGAGAGAGCUUUGAUAACAAUGAUGUUUUAAACAACCAAAAUAUUGCAGGAAACCAGAUUAUGGCAAAUGGAAAGCCAGAACCCAACUCAACAAACCUUGUUCUGCCUCCAAAAUCUACCAAUGGAACCCCAUAUAUGUGUGGAGCAAACUCUGUCUGCAGUAGUGAGAGAACUCCUAAUAGAGACCCCAAGCAUGAGAAGGAGAAAUUAUCCAGAGCUGCACAGUGUUGCCUUCCAAGUUUAGUCCAGAAUCUUAGCUUUAAUGACAAGAAGAAAAAGCUUAGUCCUGGCCGAAGUGGUGGAGGGUAAUAAAAACUGAUUCGCCAUCCUAAGUGGAAGAGUUCACUUUUAUUUCAGCGUUAAUGGAAGAAGCGUGGGUCUGGGAUCUCCAAAUUUACGAAUUUCAGUGUCCAUGCUUCCUUUUGGCAAAUUUCAUAAGGCUACAUGAAGUGGGUGUCAGUUUAUUGGCAUUCUCUCCAAGUCCUUGGUAGAUCUUCAGAUCCAAUGGCAUAUUUAAAACAGAGAAAGGAGGGGCGUCUCAGUUACUCUUUUGCUAAGUUAUCAUCAAGUUGAUAGGUACUUGCACUGUAAAUAGACAUCAAAAGCCCUUGUGCUGCGAAAAAAUGUGUAUCACAGGCAACUAUAUAUAUAUAUAUAUAUGUAAAGGGUAUGUGUGUAUGACUAUGUUUCUUUUGUCCAUUUCAAUUCUAUGAAGAUUUUGCCA